AUGGUCACAUGCAAAGUGGAUACACUGUCCAAGAUGAGUCGUGCAAGAAGAGGAUCGAGUUCAUCGUCGGGAUUUCGUCUGCUCGGCGAUCAUUGUGACACAAUGUCGAGCAUCAGCAGAAAUUCCAUCUACAAGCAAAAAAUUGACCUCAUGUUUGACGAUACGCGAUCGAUCAUCAGUCAUCGCUUCGAUGAUCGUGCGUCGGUGAGAGAUCGCAAGGGAUCCGUUCACGGGUCUUCCUAUCGCGGAUCCGUUCGCAGUUCCGGGAGAAAUCGUGAACAUCGCGAGAGCAAGAGGAUCGGCAACAGUGUCCAGGCGCAGAUUGAGCGGAUGUUCACGGACGUGGCCAAGGACGCCUCGUCCUGCCACUUCGCCGUGAGGUGCCUGGGCGCCCUGCCGCUGCCCAACAAGGUCACGAGCCUGCAAGGCCUGCAGCAGCCUCUGCGACAGCUCUACCUCAGCGGCGCAGGACACGGAAAUCAGAAUGCAGGAAACUUGGACAUUUGCACUAAAGGUCUGCGCGUGAGGCUCACGAACGGCCGUGAGCCGCUCCUGACGCCUUUUCAUAACAUCGCCGUGUGGUCAGCGGUGAAGUUCGUGGUGUCAGCGUCGGAAGGCGGAGCGGCCUUUCUGCCUCUGAUCACGGAUCCUGAGAACAUCGACAAGAGCUCGCUGUUCCAGCCGCUGAGCGCUUCGGACAAGAGGCGUUUGUCUUCCAGCCUCCACGCACCGAUCUUCGCGGUGGUGAUGCGUUCGGCCGGCAUGCCGAAGCAGCUGGAGUGCCACGCAUUUGUCUGCCAGUCGCCGGAGGACGCGAUCGUGAUCGCUGCGACACUGUAUCAGAGCCUAAUGGCGCACAUGGGUAGUGGACCCAAUGAGAAGAAGCGGCCGAAGAACAGGAACGGCGUGAGUUGCAUGAGCAUCGCCAGCAGCUCCGUGACGAACAAGCUGGGCUCGAGUAUUGCUCAGAAGUCCGUGUCGCACAGAUCAAUCCCGCCGCCGGCGCGCCCGCCACGCAAGAAGAGGAGUGCCACGAGUUCACUGAGCGGUGAGAGUGACGCCAUCCGAGAGGCUAUCGAGACGGAAACGUCCACGGAGGAGAGGAAGAAGAAGUCGAGCAAGACCAAGAGGGCGCCGCCGAUUCCACUUUCUAAAGGUAUCUGCCCACGCACGCCUUUCCCCACUUCUUCUGCUGAUCUCUCUGCCUGUGCUUCCACAGAAAAACCUGGUGAAAUGUACAACUCGUCAAUGUCGUACUUGAAUGAGCAGAGCAAGGCCCGGAAUAGCGCUGCCAUGCCAGAGCCGCCCAGCCACGAUGCGUCCGGCGGAGACAUCCUUACACGCGUCGCCAUUCCCCGAUCGGGAAGCUUCCUGAACACCAGCGGCCUGACGCGCUACAAGUCGCGAGCCACCAGACGACACGCUGGGAAGCUCGGCGGCGGUGGAGGGUCGCCCCUGGGCUUCAGCGAGCUCUUCAACGAGUUCCGCCUGCAGGAGAAUCUGCAUUCGCUGGAUGAAAUUCUCAAUGCCAUAAUCAACUCAGACGGGAUGUCCUUCAACGAUCUGAAGCCCAUCUACAAGGAGUUCCUGCUCAAGCUGGCUGUCACACUCACCAAGGAUGAGCUGUAUCAGCGCUCCAAGAGCAUCAUGAGGAGGCAGAAGAAGAAGAAGCUGAGGAGGCGGAAUAGCAACAUCCAGAACCAACGAAAGAAGAUGCUCGUGGGGGCGAAAGGGCUCAAGAAGGUCUUUCGCUUCGGGAAAUUUCGCAGCGGAAAGUCAAAAGCCAGCAAGGCCAAAGCUCAGGUGUCCCAGCCUCAGCUGCCUGAGCCUUCUAAGGCGAUUGAGAAUCACCUGAAGAAUGAGCAACGCAUCAGAGCUGGAACUAGUGGCUCAGACGUGUCGGAGACUCGUAAUGAGCACACAAUGAACGCCCAGAACAGGAACAGUUCCAGCGGGUAUGUGUCAUGCUCUGAGUGCAGCUACGAUUCCGAGGCCUGCACUUGCACAUCGGCUGAUCGCUGCUACUGCAGUUUGGGAGCCGAUCACGAGGUCAGCGCCAAGCUAGCCUGCAAUGCCAGUAAGCCUGGCAAUCGAGAGUCUCUGAUGAGCUGUCGUACGGAAGAUAAGUGCUACUGCUCGAUGGGUGAGGGCGCGGAGUCGCACACGACCUGGUGUGACACGGACAGCUGCGUGAGCGCCAGCAAGUGUUACUGCCGGCGCGUGAAUAGCAGGCCGCUGCAGAAGUGCAGGAAUCGCAGGGACAACCUGGCGCUGGACUAUGAAUUGUUCACGGUCGGUGGAGCAUCGGGAGACAGUGCCGAUACGGAGCAGCGCGCUCAGGAGGCGCUCAGCGUGAAGAAGAGCGUCGAGAUGGCCGCGGUGUUUGCUGACGUGAAGCUUAGCCAGACGACGGACAUCUCGAGCCUGGCGCAGGGUCAGCAAGGCCAGAAGGAGCGCAGAGGCAGGUGCGCUAGGGCUAAGAAUGAUUUUACAAGCAAGUCAGAAGGCAUCCCGAAGAAGGAAGCUCGCGACAAACUGUCCAAGAGAACGACUAAGUCCGAGGGCUACUAUCAGCCGGUCAGUCCCAGACCUGUCAGCGCCUCGCUCGAGGACUCCCUUGGCUACUUGCCAUAGGAUUUGACGCCGAAACCGAAGAAUUGCAGUACCUUCUGACUAGCUCUAGGGUAGACGUGUAGGCUAUAAGUUAGGCAAAUGCAUGGUGUUGGGUUGGGAUCAAAGAAAACCCCGGGCGGUUGAGGACUCUAUCUAUCAUCCACUCUCGUAGAAAUAGUGCCGCAGCGCGAGGGUCAGCCAAUUUAGCCCAUCUUCAGAUCAAUUGAAUAUAUUUUUCGUGCAAAAAUAUUCACCCAAUUGAUUUCGUCCGUCAGCUUCACACUGGAGACUGUCUGUGGACAGAAGUCGGCAGAAGAGGACCGGAUUGCACUAUUCUACGAGGCACUCACUAAUUAUGCUCACUAUUUUGUAACACCUCAUCUUCCAACAUCUCCGGUUGCCCUUUGUAUUUAUUCACAACUUGAGCAAUACUUUUCGGCAUUUUUGCUGCAAUUAGAGAAAAUUUGAGGCGAAGAAAGGGCAAAAAUUCAACAGUGUAUCAUUCCUGCUAUUGUGAUAAUCAUCUUAUUCGCCAUUGAGAAAGAAAAUUUACUUAUAUAUUGUACCUCUUAUUCCACACAAUAAACACGUUAGCGUCAUGUUAUCUGAUGGGUUGGAAAUUUGUAUCGAGAGAAAGAGAAGGUAAAAGUGGAGGAAGAGAGAUAUGAAAAGCGUGGGAGACAAGUUAUAAUUGUUUAGAUUUAAGAGCUAUAAAAUCAUAAUUAGAGCAAUUUUGUGGCUUGAAAUGCUAUUGAUAUUCAUAUGUCGUGCAAUAUAGGAAAAUGUUGUGCAAUCGUUUAAGUCUUUUUUAUACUCUCUCAUCUCAAUUUGUAA